AUGACUGUAAUCUACGGCACAGCAGCCGCACCAUUUCUGGCCAUAAGAGCAUUACGAAAACUCACCGAAGAUGAAGCCUCUGACUACUCACUUGGCUCGAGAAUCGUGUUGAGAGACUUCUAUGUAGAUGACAUGCUAACAGGAGCGAAAUCAGUAAAUGAAGCAACGAUCAUAAAACAGCAAACUUAUGAAUUACUCAAACGAGGGGAAUUCGAACUAACGAAAUGGUGCUCCAACGAAACCAAGCUACGAGACAAUGAAUCGCUAGCAGAUAAUAAAGAGUUUGACGCGAGCGGAUCUCAAGGUGAGACUCAAGCACGUGGAUUAGUGUGGAACUACGAGUUGGAUGAAUUCAAAUUCGUUGACACAGGCAAAUGGACAACACUCGAGAAAGUCACCAAGCGAAACAUUCUAUCAAGGACGGCACUAAUCUUCGAUCCAUUGGGGUUCAUAGGACCUGUAACGUUGACGGGAAAAAUCAUCAUGCAAGAACUGUGGUUGCUGAAAAUUAAUUGGGACGAAUCAAUCCCUAUGGAACUGAACACUACGUGGAAGGAGUAUGAAUCACAGCUCAAACAGUUGGAUGACGUCAAGAUUCCUCGAAAAAUACUGACAGAAAACCUCGUAUACAUUGAAUUACACGGAUUUGCCGAUGCUAGUCAACAGGCGUAUGGAGCAUGCGUGUACAUGCGGUCUAUCUCGGAAAACGGACAAGUGGAAAGUCAUUUGAUUGCGUCCAAAUCACGGAUAGCGCCUGUGAAAUCACUGUCAAUACCACGACUAGAAUUAUGUGGAGCUUUGGUGCUUGCUCAAUUAGUCGAUAAACUGAAGAACUGCUUAAACUGUAAGAUCGACAAUAUCAUUUAUUGGACCGAUUCCAAUAUAGUAUUGUGCUGGUUACAAGCACCUGGUCGUAAUUAA